AUAUUUUUAGUUAUGAUAAUUAUAUUUUUUGCUUAGUUUUUCGAUGAUUCAAAUUGAUUUUAUUUGACCAAUAAAAAGUCAGCGAAAUAUAUCGAUUUAUAUGGAUCUUUUAAGUGAGAAAUGUGAAAAUAAUAAUGAUUAUAAUUUUAUUAUCUUCACUUUAUAUAGUUAAAUAAAUUUAUUGAUAUUAUUCAUUCGGUUAAGCUGACGUAUAAAAUUUUAAAAUUUUAAUUUGAAAAAUAUUUCUGCCAGGAAUAUAAGAAAUUUCAAAAUGAACAUUUUGCCAGGAACGGCAUCUCUACUUGAAGAACUUGACAAAAAACUUAUGGUUUUACUAAGAGAUGGCAGAACAUUAAUUGGAUAUCUUAGAAGUGUUGAUCAAUUUGCUAAUAUUGUGCUCCAUCGUACAAUUGAAAGAAUUCAUGUUGGCAAAGAAUAUGGAGAUAUCCCAAGAGGCAUUUUUAUAGUCAGAGGAGAAAAUGUUGUCCUUUUAGGCGAAAUAGACAGAGACAAAGAAAGGGAUUUACCAUUAACUGAAGUAUCUGUUGAUGAUAUCUUAGAUGCACAAAGACGAGAACAAGAAUUAAAACAAGAUCAAAAGAGAUUAAUAAAUAAAACUUUGAAGGAACGAGGUUUAUCAUAUAUUCCAGAUAUGGGUCAUGAUGAUAUGUUCUGACCCAUAUCCACAUCAUUAACUACUAAUACUUUGUCAUCUACGUCUUCACAUAAUUCUGAAAUGUGUGAUUCAUGUUAUACAUCACUAUCUUUCUGAUAAUAUUUAGUGAUGAUAAUUUGUAAAAUGUAACUAUAUUACAUAAUUGUGAAGAUAAAAAUAGUUAUUAAUUAUGCCCAACAAUUUCUUUAUAAAACUAUAUUAGUACAAUUGAAGUUUGACUUAAGCUAUCAAUAAUAUGAAAAUUUAUAUAAUUUACUUUUAUUAUAUUAAUCCUGUAUUUAUAAUGUAGAAAAUGUAUGGACUAUAAUUGUAUCAUACUUUUAAAGAUGUUUAAAUUUCUGCUAUAUAUAAAUAUUAUAUUUAAAUGAAAACAUUAUAAUUAAUAUAUAGUCUUUAUUGACUAUAUUAAAUACAUAAGUAAAUAUAUUGAUUAUAAUUACAGAUUAUAUAUUUCACUAGUAAUCAUAUAUUUUUCUAUGAUGAGUUUUAAAGGCUUUGUUUUAUAUAAAGAAUUCUUGUUUGAAUAAUUUCCUUGUAUUUUGAAUUAAAAAUAAAGAUGAACAACUUGAUUAAAAAUUUGAUUGAACAUAAAAGAUAUCAUGUGUAAAUGUUACUUAUGUAUUAAAUAUUUAAUAAAUGUAUAAAAUAUAUUUUGUUAAAAAUAUAUAAAAUUAUUUCAUGAUUUAAAAUAUUUUAUUUAGAAAAUCUAAUAUAUUAUGUAAAAUUUAAUUCAAAUAGCACAUAUUUAUAAUUAAUAAUUUAAUAUUAUCAUUCUUUGACAGUUAUAGUUUUUUGUCUCUUUGUUUAUAUAAUAUUAAAUAUAAUAUUGUUUGAAUGAUAUUGAACUUAUUUAGGUUUUUUACAAUAUUAUAUUGUAUUUUGCUUUUACAUAUCAAAUAUAAAGAUAUGUUAUAUAUAUUUAAAUGUAUUAAUAAAAUGUACGAUUUUUAAGUUA